AUGGUGUCCGACGCGAUUAAGGCUGCCCUCAUCACGGGUGCCUGUACUGUUGCUGCAGCGAUAAUAACCACACUAGGUAAUGGAGUCACGCGAUGCCUCGGCAAGAAUCGGGCCGCAACCCGAUCUGGCCGUAGUUCUGUCGGGGUUUUUCUAUUUUGGCGAGGCUCUUCGCCGGGAGCCAACCCUCAGAAAGAUCCUGAUCCCGAGCUGGGUCUUGGGGAGAACGAUGUGCCAAUGGAAGACUUGACAAGAUGGCGAUCCGCUCCUCAUUAA